CUACCCCCCUCCCAUGAUGGCGUCGGAUAUUGCAUUCGAUAAGGAAACAAAACCGAGUCAUGACAUUCAAGCUCCCUCUGACAGAAACUCAACCUCACUCGACAUAGCAGAGAAACUUGGAGAUCCCGAUUCACCUGAUGGAGAUCCCGAUCUUGAGACUGGACUUCCCCAGGAACUAGUUUGGGACUCUCCAGAGGAUCCAGGGAACGCACGAAAUUGGUCAACUAUCAAAAAAGUCUUUCAUACAGCAAUACCAGCGUUGUAUGGUUUUGUGAUCACAGUUGGCUCAUCCGUAUAUACACCAGCAAUCCCAAUCAUAAUGGCUAAGUACCAUGUGACUAGAGAGGUUGCCAUUCUUCCUCUAUCUUUAUAUGUUCUCGGCUUUACCAUCGGUCCCAUUAUCGCAGCUCCUCUGUCCGAACUCUAUGGUCGUCGGGCUGUUUACUGGUCCACAAUGCCCAUCCUCCUCACAUUCACAGCGAUAGCGGGAGCAGCAAACAGUGUUACUCUUCUAAUAGUCAUGCGUUUCUUUGCUGCCAUGGGCGGUUCUGGAGCGCUGGCCGUGGGAGCUGGAACAAUCUCCGACCUAUGGACUCACGAGAGCCAGGGUAAAGCUUCAUUAUUCUUCGUCAUGUCUCCUUUCCUAGGCCCAGCCCUGGGUCCCCUCACAGGCGCAUACAUUAUCAGCGAAUAUGACAAUGAUUGGAGAUGGUCGAUGUGGGUGAUCAUGAUCGUUGCUACCCCGAUCGCCUUGGCUGCAUUGUUUAUGCAGGAGACUUCACCGAAGCGGAUUCUGUACCUCAGGCAGAAGAAGCUUGGAAUCAAAGCUCCGCAUCAAACUGGCGACACUCGAAUACUUUUACGGAAGCUUCGACAAGCAUUUUUCAGACCGCUGCAUAUGAUGUUGAUCGAGCCUCUUGUUGCCUACCUAAGCAUUUACACCGGCUUCGCAUUUGCAAUGAUAUUCAGUUUCUUCGGCUCUUACAACUACGUCUUUCAAUCCGUCUACCACUUCAACCAGAAGGAAAUCGGUCUUACAUUCAUCGGUAUUCUGAUUGGGUUCAUCUUCGCUAUAUUAUCAUUCGGGAUCUUCGACGCAACACUCUACCGACGAGCGUCAAUCAAAGCAAAUGGGAGACCAGCACCUGAACACCGCCUCUAUGCUGCGAUGCUUGGGAGUUUCAUGUUGCCAAUCGGUCUAUUCUGGUUUGCGUGGGCGCCAAACAAAGACGUGCACUGGAUCGUGCCAGUUCUGGCUGGUGUUCCCUUUGGCUGGGGAUGUUUAGGAAUCUUCAUAUCAGCAACAACCUACCUCGUCAACGUCUACCAAUCCGAAAAUGGUGCCUCAGCCGUAGCAGCCAACGGCAUCCUGCGCUACGGCUUCGGCGCCGCGUUCCCGCUCUUCACGAUACAGAUGUACCAAGCGAUGGGUGUGCAUUGGGCGGGAAGCGUGUUUGCUUUUGUGAGCGUCGUGUUGAUGCCGGUUCCGUGGGUCUUCUUUUGGAAGGGGAAGGUAUUAAGGGCGAAGAGUUAUUAUGAUACUAUUAGGGACUAGGAGGGAAGGUGGAACCAGUGAAGGUGAAAAUAGUGGGUUCUGCUGCAUUUGUUAGAUGGAGUUAAUUCGGGUAUCAUUUUGGGAAAUGGAUGUUGAGGGCGGCUGACGACGAGCAUAGGCGCUUGGGAGUUUUACUUGAGUAGUGUAUAUAUGGUUACGGUUAUGGCCUAACAGUUGAUUGUCUAUCGUGAGAGGCCUGUGUCUCCGUUGUCAACACCCUCUUGACUAUUGC